CCGCCUGUCCGGACUUUCCGGUCCCAGCGUGCACUGCGGCGGCGUUUGAAUGGCGCUCGCUAUGCCGAGUGGGCCCCGGCGCUAGGACUCCGCCGCCGCCGCCGCCGCGCCCGGCGGCUCCCAUUUGAGGCCCGUCCAGCAGCAGAACCCGCGGCGCCUGGACCAUGAGCAGCACUCGCAGGGAUUUUGGAUAUUAUGGCAACUGAAGCCCAAAAUGUUAGAAAACGAAUGCUAUUGUAUAGUGACGGUCGUCCUGUUGAUCUCCCUAGAAAAAGGAGUUCUUAUUCCAUUAAUGAGAACAUGAAGGAGGGUAAGAAAUCUGCAAAACAUUUGGCUUCUUCCACAGGCAGGACAACUGUUGGGCAAACUUUGACCAGCCCCCAUCCUCUGUUCAAAGUAGUAUAUUGCAGAAGAAAAGCUCAUUAUUAUACUCCAAAGCCUUGUUUCAGAAAGAAACAGCUCCCUAAAGUCAAGAGCCGUGUCAUGGCAAAUAAGGAAAAUGAACUGGCAUGUGCAGCUGAUCUACCAGCAAAACUGCCUGCUGACGGUCGUACUUUCUUACUAAACUCAAGUGAUUCUGGCCGCUCUCAAACAGAAAGUUCAUCAUCGAAGUACAGUGGAUUUUUUUCAGAGGUUUCAGAAGAUCAUGAUACUAUGGCACAGGUUCUCUUCAGUAGAAACCUCCGGUUGAAUGUAGCUUUAACUUUCUGGAGGAGAAGAAGUAUAAGCGAGCUCGUAGCCUAUUUAAUAAGGAUACAAGAUCUGGGUGUAGUGGUAGACUGCCUUCCUGUUCUUACCAGCAGUUUACAGGAAGAAAAACCAUAUAUUUCUGUGGGCUGCUGUGUAGACCUUCUACCAUUAGUUAGAUUACUGCUUAAGAGCAAAUUUGAAGAAUAUGUGAUCGUCGGGUUAAAUUGGCUCCAAGCUGUUAUUAAGAGGUGGUGGCCAGAGCUUUCUGCCCAUGCAGAAAAAAUAGAGGAUGGAAAUAUUCAGAUUUUAAAGACACAAUUAAGUGGAUUGUGGAAGCAAGAAAAUCAUCUUACUUUGGUUCCAGGAUAUACGGGUAAUAUAGCAAAGGAUGUGGAUGCUUAUUUAUUACAGCUGCACUGACACUCCUGGAGGACAAGUGUAUGUGUACAUGUAGCGUGUGUUGGCUAAGAAGCCCUUCAAGUAAUCCUGAACUAUGUACUGUUUCCAAAAGGACAUCUCUUCUGAGAACUGUCUUUGGCAGGAGAGGACUAGACCGCCAGACUGUUUAAUUCAACCACUAAAAUCCAUCUGCUUCACAUUGAAGUGGAAAAAUUUCUAAUAGGAGCAACCUUUACUUCAAUGAGGUGAAAGUGCACUAUGAAAACUAUGCGUAUGCCUUUGCUGCAUUUUGGGAUUGUUCAGUUACUGGAUGAAGUCAUGAAAGUGUUUCUACUGCAUAAUGGUAUAAAACAGCAAAACUUAAUUGUGAAGACAGAAUUGCAGAACCAGUUACUAGGAACCACAAGAGACCAGUCGCCAUAAAUAUUUUUUAAACUUUGUUUUUCUUAUGAAUUGUAAAAAUGUGUAUAUUUUCAAGAUAUUAUGAAAUUUUGCUGUAUUGAAACUCUGAAAUAUGUCUGCUAUAUUAAUCAAGAUAUUAAAGACUAUUUUUGUUGCACUACUGAGAAAACUGUAUAUAGCAAGGGGCCUUAACUACUAGUAUUGCAAAUAGCCAAUGUAGUAAGAAACCAUUAUAGCCAAUAUAUAAAGAUGCUGUAUAGAGGGAUGGAAACUCUUUAUUAAAAAUCAGGGUGUUUACACAAAUUGUGUACAAAUCAUUUUGAAACAUUUUGCACACUUAAAUAUAUUUAAGUGGAUAUUUCCACUGACUGACUACUUAAAUACCUGUAUGACCUAAGAGUACUAAAAUUUAGGCAUAGAGGGAGGUUGUUAGCAAAAUGGUGAAUAUGUACACCUAGCAUUUUUAAUACUUAAAUUUUCUAAUAUAUUCUGUUGUUUCAUUUAAAUGUGUCGAGUAAACAUACUAAAUGUUACUACUGCUUUAAUUAAGUUGGCAUAACUUUACCUGGUUCUCUCACUCCGCUUAGGACAUCUUCAGAUAUUUAUAACUCCAGGCUCCUAGAAAUGUUUACGGCCACGGUAGGCCUAUGCUUUUCAGAUUUGACAAUGCAUCUGCUACCUCCUCUAAUUAAUAUUGCUGCAGCUCUUGCAAAAUGUAGUUGCCAUAUUCCUGACUUAACAUUUAAACUUAACUGGAAGAUUAAUGCAAUACACCCAGUGCAAAAGUUUACAGCUGUGUUUCGUUUUACUCAUUUGUGAUAUUUUAGUUCAAUCUGCUAUGGUUUAUCAGCUAUUUUAAAAAGGAAAACAGGUUGAUGGGUUUGUGGGAUGGCACCUGUGUCUUAUGUUACUAGUAAAUAUGUUUGUCUAAAUAAAAUUCUACCGCGUGCCAGCUGUGCACAAAACAAA